UCAAACGAAGCUCAACAAAUAAAUGUCCUUUCUUCAGAUACGAUAAACUUUGCGCAUAAAAUGUUUGAUGGAGCCAGAUCUGGAGAUCUAAACCUACUUCAAGCGGCAAUAGAAGCAGGAUUACCAGUGGAUCUGACCAACUCAUCUGGUAAUACACUUUUAAUGUUAUCGAGUUAUGCUGGUCAUCUAGAACUAGUCAAAUACUUAAUUUCCAAACAAUCCAAUCCAAAUCGAUUAAACGAUCGUGGUCAAUCACCAUUAUCCGGUGCAAUCUUUAAAAACUUUCGGUCUAUUGCAAUCGCACUUCUUGAAGCUGGGGCUGAUCCUAAAUUAGGUCAACCGAAUGCUAUCGAUUGUGCUUACAUGUAU